UUUUUCCUUUGCUUGAGUUUUUCAACAUCGUUUUCGAUUUUAUCCUAUUUUGUUUUCCAGAUUUUUGAUUUUUAAUGGAUUUUAAUUUCUGGUUGCUUUUUUGCUACAAUUUGUGUUUUUCAAAAUAGGUUUAUGCAUAUUGAUGGAUUUAGAUGGUGUGCAACCUAAUUAUCCUUCUUCCUGUGUUACUCAUUCAGUUGGUGAUAUUUAUCGUACUCUAGAGGUUGUUGGAUCAUUUAGCCCUGGUGGUACCACUAAGGAAUGGAUUCCAAGUGUUCCCGAGGAGUUAAAACCCAGUUUGGGGAUGAUAUUUAAAGAUCCUGAAGAGGGUCUUAGUUUUUAUAAAGCAUAUGCAAAUGCCGCUGGGUUUACUUCUAGGAAAUCUACUACUAAAAGGAAGAAGAAUAACAAAGAUAUAAUUGCUUUUCAAUAUGGAGUUUGCAAUAAGGAAGGUUUUAGGGCAAUAAGAAAACCUAUUGCUCAACAAACAGUUUAUGAAGAAGGAAAAGUUCGUAUUACUAGGAAACGUUUAGUCACUCGUGUAGGAUGCAAUGCUCACAUAUGUAUGAGAUAUGAUGCUGGAAAGUAUGUUGUAACUCAUUUCAAAGAAGAACAUAAUCAUCCUUUAUAUACUCCAAGUUGUGCAAAAUUUCAGAAGGAUAAUAGAAAAAUGCAUAUUAUGCAUAAAAAGUUGAUUGUUGAUAAUUCAAAGGUAAAUGUUGGUCCUGUGAGGUCUUAUACUAUGAUGAAAGAAUUAGCUGGAUCACAUGAUAAUGUUGGUGCAUCUAAACAAGAUUUCAAAAAUUUUUAUAGAGAUUUGAAGGCUUUUAUUGAUGGAUCAGAUGCCCAAAUGUUUGUGGAUAAUUUUCAAAAUAAGAAAUUGCUCUGGAGUGCAUUUUUUUUUUUCCUAUGAUGUUGAUGAAGAAGAUAGACUUUGUAGAGCUUUAUGGGCUGAUCCAAUCUGUCGAAAAAAUUAUGCACUUUUUGGUGAUAUGGUUUCUUUUGAUACCACAUUCAAAACAAACAGGUGAUGUUUUAAAUAUAAAUUUACCUCUAUGUUCUAA